UGCUAGCAGCUAGAGUUAAACUCAGUAAAAGCAAGGCCAUUUUGGGCACAAGAAUGCAUGACUUUUUCUCUCUCUCUUCAUAACUAUCAAUGGAGAGAUUGGGAAUUUUCCAGCAGACCAACUGAAAUAAUUGACUGCAUCUCUCCCUCUUCUUCCUUUGCAGCUCCCAGACAAGCCUACCUUUCCCAACUCCCAGAAAUACUCCCUCCUCAGACUUGUUCAUUGUCUGCAUUUUGGCUGCUCAUUCCCUUCUCUGCAGCUACAAUGUUGUCUUCCAAGUCCAAUAGAUCUGGUUUGUCUGAUGCUUCAAUUAACAAAUCUUCUCCUGCAACACCAAGAGCUAGCAAAAUAGGACGCCCAGGGACGGCCAAAACAGAGCCUGAUUCAGCGUCUCCCUUGCAGAAUGCUAGGCCUUCCACUGAACGCUCACCGAGAUCAGCUGAAUCGAAAACUCCGGUGGAGCAGCGCCGGUCACCGAAGAUUAGUACACUACAAGAUAAGCAGCCUCGUGCUCCAACCAAAGGAUCAGAACUGCAAACACAGCUCAGUUUGGUUCAGGAAGAGCUUAAGAAGGCAAAGGAGAGAGUUUUGUUUGUUGAGAAAGAGAAGAUAAAGGUUCUUGAGGAGUUGAAGGAUGUGAAAAGAUCAGCUGAGGAGGAGAAUGAGAAACUCCAAGAAGCUCUUGCUGCUCUGAAGAGGGCUGAGGAGAAUUCAGAGAUUGAGAAGUUCCGUGCUGAUGAAUUGGAGCAAGCCAGCAUUGAAGCUGCUCAGAAAAGGGAAGAGGAAUGGCAGAAAGAGGUUGAGAAUGUCCGAGACCAGCAUGCAUUGGAUGUAUCUGCAUUGCUUGCCACAACUCAGGAGCUCCAGAGGGUGAAGCAUGAAUUGGCAAUGACCACUGAUGCGAAAAACACAGCCUUGAGCCACGCCGAUGAUGCCAUGAAGAUCGCCGAAAUCAAUGCAGAGAAGGUAGAGCUUUUGUCCGGCGAGGUUAGCCGCCUGAAAACUUUGCUGGACUCCAAGCUUGAGAGUAAAAGCCUGGAGGUUGCAGAGUUGGUAAAGAAGUUGGAUUCUGAGAUUGUUGCUCUGAAGGAAGAGCUAGAGAAAGCCAAGGCAGCCGAGGGGAAGCUAGUUGAUAUGGAGGCAUUGAUUGAAGGGCUUAAGAUUGAAGUGACAGAUGCUAAGCAAGCUGAAUCGGAUGCCGCUAAGAAUGUGGAUGAAUGGAAGAAGAAGGCUGAGUUGUUAGAAACUCAACUUGAUGAAGCUAGAGUGUCAGAAAGAUCUUUGCUGGAUUCUUUAGCUUCUGUGAGGAAAGAACUUGAGGAGUCAAAUGAUUCCUUGCAGGAUGCUGAAUCUGAAAUCUCUGUUCUUAAAGGAAAAUUGGAGUCAUUGGAGAUUGAGUUGGCGACGUACAAACAGAGUCUUGAUGAUUCAAACCAGUCCCUUGAUUCGGCACAGAAAGAAGCAAUUGAAUUGAGAAAUACUGUCGAAGUUUUGAAGUCUAAUUUUCAAAAGGCCGAGGCAGAGAAAAUGCAAGCACUGAAUGAUGAAAAGACUGCCACUACAAACCUCCAAAGCCUUUCUGAAGAAAAGAAAAUUUUGCUUGAUGAAUUGGAGAUGGCUCGAGAGGAUGGUGAAAAAGUUAAGAAGGCCAUGGAUGAUCUAACCUCAGCAUUGCAUGAAGUUUCUGCUGAAGCUAGAGAUGCCCAAGAAAAACUCUUGGUAAAACAAGCUGAGGUUGAGAAUGCAAACAAUCAGAUAGAGGAGCUGCAAUUGACUCUGAGAAACACUCAAGAAAAGUACGAGGUUGUGCUUGACGAAGCAAAAUAUGAAGCUAUUUGCCUCAAGAACUCUAUCGAGAAACUGGAAACUGAAGCCAAAAAUUCAAAGGCUGAGUGGGAUGAAAAAGAAUCUGAAUUUAUAACUGCUGUGAAAAAGUCUGUAGAAGAAAUUACGGCAAUUAAGGUUGAAAUGAGCAAUUUGGCUGACUCCCUCAAAGGAGCAGAAAAUGAAGCUCAAGCUGCGAAAGAAGAUGGAGGGCAGCUAAUGAACAAGCUUAAGCAAGUUGAAUCUGAGCUAACUAUUGUGAACAAGGCUGUGGAAGAAGCUGAAGGCAAGAGUUUAGAGCUGAAGGAAAGAUUGUUGGACAAAGAGAAUGAAGUUCAGAGUAUAACUCAAGAGAAUGAUGAACUCCGGGUUCGAGAAGCAGCUGCUCAAGAGAAAAUAAAGGAGCUUUCUGCAUUGCUUGCAGAGGCAACUGCAAAGAAACCUGAUGAAAAUGAUGAGGUUGAUACUCCACAGAGUGAAAAGGAGUAUGAAGUGUUACCGAAGAAGAGCUUUGAAACUGUGAAGGAGAAUGCAGAAGAUGACACUGAACCAACAGAAAAUACAAAAAUUGAGGAGUCUGUCAAAGAAGAUGCUGGAAUGGCAAAAGAGGAGAAUGGCAAUGGAAAUGUUCAAGAAGAAGCAGCGGUAGCAGCUGCAGAAGACACAGAACUGAAGACAUACGAAAGCUGCAAGAUCACAGACAAGGAUUUACAAUCAGAAAGAGAUCAAGAAGCCGAAUCAGUUGAAGAUGAAAACGAUGCAGCAAAGACGGACAAUGCUAGUGUAGAACAGACAAAUGGAUUAUCAUCAGAAAAUGCAGACAAUGGUGCAACAUCACCAGCUAAACAUCUGCAGCAAAAGAAGAAGAAAGCUUUGCUGCAAAAGUUUGGUAAUUUACUGAAGAAGAAGAAUAACCACAAGUAGCAGCAAACAAAUUAGUACAACUAGUACAUUUGCAUGAAUUUUGCUAAACUUUAUUGUUGUUUGCUUCAUGAGUGGAUUGAUCAAUUUCGUAUUGUUUCUGAUGCUUGCCAAUAUUCAAUCAGCUGUAUUUUCUAUAGAUUUGUAACAAGAUAGCAGAUGUAUUAUCUGAGUGUAUGAUGUUUAAUGAGCAUUUUCAUCCUUCUUUGAGAUUAA